AUCAAAACAUUUCGACCGUGGAGUAGCCAGUAGUAGUAAAGUAAUACAGUAGUACAAAGUAAUUUUACUUCUUCUGGUGCAAAAAUGUCUUUUUCAGAUAAUUCAAAUGAUAAAGUAGUGAUAAAAGUAGAAGUAACCGCGGAUAUCAUAUGACCUUGGUGUUAUAUAGGUAGACGCCAACUUGAAGCAGCUAUCAAUGCAGUUGAGAAUAAGGCUUCAGUUGUUGUGUCCUGGAAACCAUUUUUGUUGGAUGCACAUAUGUUACCAGAAGGGAUUCCGUUACAGGUCUAUCUAGCCAACAAAUUUGGAGAGAAAGUGGCUAAGCAAGAAUUAAAAGGUCAAGGACCCCUUGCUAAAGCUGCUAAAAGUGUGGGCAUAAAAUUUGAUCCUGACCGCUACGUUGUAAACUCUAUCAAAAGUCAUCUGCUGUUACAGUUUGUUUUUGAAAAUUAUGGUCCAGAAAAGGAAUCAGAAGUUCGCAAUUUACUGUGUCAACAGUAUUUUGAAGAGGCUGUCAAUUUGCAUUCCGAUAAAGUUUUGCAAAUGUUAGCUGAACGUUGUGGCGUAGAUAAGGUGAAAGCUUUGGAAUUUUUUACAUCACCAACAAGUGUUAAACGAUUACACAGUGAAAUUCAAAAAACAAAGAAGAAAGGAAUUUUAGGAGUGCCACACUUUGUUAUUUAUAUUGAUGGGUACAACGACAAACGACCUGUAACUUUUUCUGGUGGGCAAAACAAAUCUGGUUUUGUUGAUACAUUUAACAAAUUAUUAAAAGAAUAUCACAAAGCCAAUAAAACAAAGCAUUAAAAUUUUACAAAUAAUGAUAUGAUUCAAUUGAUGCAAUUAGCACAUAUAUAUGUAAUAUAAAACAUACACACUCUUUUUACGCUAUUUAGAUGAGAUAGAAAAUUUUUAUUUCAAUUUUUAAUUUAAAUCACAGUUUUUUUAUUAUAAAAUUUAGUUUAAGAUAUUUUUUUAAAUUUUUCCAGGUUAUAAUUGUGUUUGGAUUUCUUAUUACAUUACAUUGAGAAACCAUAGUUUUAUGAUUUUCAAAAUUGUAAAGUUAAAUAAUGGUGAAAUCUGAAGCAGAUUUAUGUGCAAUUUUACACUUUAAAUUUCCAGAUGUUCAGGAUAAUAGUCAUGUUUUCUUAUUAAACCAAUUUAGUGUUUUGCUCAGUAAGUUUUAUUUUGCCUGAACAUAAAGUUUAUUAUACUUUCAAUGGUUAAUAUAUUACAAUCAUAAAAGAAUUUCCUAUUAGCUUCUGCCAUUAUAGUGAUUAAUAGUUAUAGCUAUGAAAAAUGCAAAGUUCACUUUAAAAUAAAGACAACUUGAAUCCUAAAAGAAUUUGAUAAGUUUCGUUACUCGUGACGAAUUUGUUUUUUUAGUUUUAGAUAACAAAUCUUAUUAUUUAUAAAAUUAUUUAUUAUUGUGUGAUUAUUUGGUAAUGGGUGGAGGAUUGCUACCAAUGAUGAAUAUCAUGAAAUUGAAUAGUUGAUAUUUUGAUGUACUGCAGUAGCUUUAUUCUCAAAAAUGAAAUAAAUAUUUGUUUUUCCUCCGA